UUCUCCUUCUCCUUCUCCAACUCCCUUCUCUCUACUCUACCUCAUCUCUUCCUCUCUCUCUCUCUCUCUCUCUCUCUCUCUCUCUCUCUCUCAUCUCGGAGCAGAGGUAGGGAAUCGCCGACCAGGGAAUCGUCCGAUGACCAGCAGCGAAGACAGUCUCUCAGCGGCGAAGAGAAGAUUGGAGCGGUCACUGCCGGUUGUGAGGAUCCCUCUCCGACGAAGCGGAGAUCCGAAGAUGGUGUGCGGCACUGUGCCAGGAUCCCUUCUCCCUGCCUCCUUGACGAUUCUGGGAUUUCAGAUUCUUUACAUGGUGAGCGUCUGACAGGCAACUGCAAGCCGAAGUCGGUUCCUGGAGAUUGAUGCUACUAUUGUUCAUAAUGGGUCGAUCUUGAGAGAUUGAGGGUGGUUUCGGUAAAGAAGCAGUAGCUUGGAGCGGUCACCGGAGAAGGUGAACUUGAUCGGUCGAGAGAGGAAUCGGAGGAGACCCAAGUCGUACGGUGGCAGCGAAGACGUUCAAGACGAGAUCCACAGAUUCACUUUUUUGGUUUAAGAGAGUUCCAGAUUAAGUUUUGGAAGGGAUUUAUGCGGCAGGGGUGGUGCCGAUGUCGAUUCUCAACCCGAGCAUACUGAAGAAAUCAAGGUCUUGCAGGGGAUUGACGGGAUGGGGAUCGCCAAGAACCUGUCGGUGGGAUAGUAGAUCCUGUGUGGCUAGCAGGCAGAUCCUUCUUUCUUCUCCUUUCCUAACCUUUUGAUCUCUCCCCGCGAGAAAUGGAUUCAGCCAGCAAAGUGAGGAGAUCCAUGGAGGCUGCAUAAUAGCUGAUUGUUCCCUCUCUUUCUGGUG